AUGGGUGACCUACUGGCGACAAAAGAGAACCGCGACGAAUGGUUCUCGCGUAAGCACUGGAAUUAUGACGAGAAUAGGCAAGAGCCAAGCCAUCAAGCUCAUGCUCCGCGAAACGGUGGGAUCCGAGUAACCCAGGCCGAGGACGAUGCUAGGAUCGGGGUCGGAGCAGUGCAAGCAAACUCGAAUGAGGAUAAUCCGCAAUCUUCUACUGUUCUCAAGGUCACAAUCACGGUCAGUCUUUCAGAGGGCAUCGACGCUCUUUGGUCAAGAUGGUCCAACAAGCAAAGAUCCCUCGCACCGAAACUCCCUGCUCUUCAUCCAAACCCUUCUGCCUUGAUCCCCACGGGACGAACGACUCAAUACCAACACCCCAACGCCGGUACCGUUGAAAACCAGCCGGCGCUGUCCGCCAAAAAUCCGUCGGGCGUCUACGUAGUCCCUCUCGCCACCGCGGUCGAAGCCAUCGACUGGACUGACUUAGUUCGCAUCCAAGAGUUCUUUGCCAAUCUCAAUCUCAAAUACGGUCAGGUGGGCGAAUAG